AUGGAUUAUGAUUUUAAAUUUAAAACUGCAAAUGAAAGAGCAAAAGUUGAAGAUUUAUUUGAUUAUGAAGGUUGUAAAGUAGGCAGAGGAACAUACGGACACGUUUAUAAAGCUAGAAGAAAAGAUGGGUCCGAUAUGAAAGAUUACGCUCUAAAACAAAUUGAAGGAACGGGAUUAUCAAUGUCCGCUUGCCGGGAAAUAGCUUUAUUGAGAGAAUUAAAGCAUCCAAAUGUAAUUAAUUUAAUUAGAGUAUUUCUUUCUCACAAUGAUAGGAAGGUUUGGCUUUUGUUCGACUUUGCUGAACAUGAUUUAUGGCAUAUAAUUAAAUUUCAUAGAGCUGCCAAAGCAAAUAAAAAACCUGUCAUGGUUCCUAAAGGUAUGGUAAAAUCUCUAUUGUACCAAAUAUUAGACGGAAUUCAUUAUCUUCAUUCGAACUGGGUAUUGCACAGAGAUUUGAAACCUGCCAAUAUUUUAGUUAUGGGAGAAGGUCCGGAAAGAGGAAGAGUAAAAAUUGCCGAUAUGGGUUUUGCUAGGUUGUUUAAUGCACCUUUAAAACCUUUAGCAGAUUUAGAUCCUGUUGUUGUUACAUUUUGGUAUAGAGCUCCAGAAUUAUUAUUAGGUGCAAGACAUUACACCAAAGCUAUCGAUAUAUGGGCCAUAGGAUGUAUAUUUGCUGAGUUAUUAACUUCUGAGCCAAUAUUUCAUUGUAGGCAAGAAGAUAUAAAAACCAGUAAUCCUUAUCACCAUGAUCAAUUAGAUAGGAUUUUUAAUGUAAUGGGUUUUCCAUUAGAAAAAGACUGGGAAGAUAUUAGAAAAAUGCCUGAAUACCAAACCUUAGUUAAAGAUUUUAAAAAAUCAAAUUAUUCUAGUUGUUCUUUAGUCAAAUACAUGGAUAGACAUAAAAUAAAACCUGAUAGUAAAGCUUUUCAUUUGCUGCAAAAAUUAUUGCUCAUGGAUCCCACAAAAAGAAUUACUUCCGAACAAGCCAUGCAAGAUUCAUAUUUUAGCGAAGAACCUACACCAACUGCAGAUGUUUUCGCCGGAUGUAUGAUUCCUUAUCCAAAGAGAGAGUUUUUAACAGACGAUGACCAAGAUGAAAAAUCAGAUAGCAAAGCCAGACAAAAUGCAGCUGCCAACCAGCAAACAGCUCAAUCCAAUCAAUCGGAUGGUCCAAAUGCUAAAAGAGUACGGUUGCAACCUCCACCGUUGGUGAGCACUUCCCAACAAUCUCAGGGUCAGGAGUUUCAUCAUGUAAAUACUCAACAGCAAAUGGUAUUCACAUCGGCAGCCAGCACUCAACAGAGUAAUUUUCAACAAAGGUAA